CAGUAAAUAAUCCAGUCAAGGCGAAACUCCUCCCAAGUUGCAAUUCUGUGCUUGGACGGUUGUACCUGAUUCGUCAGUAGCUUUUGUAAGGACAGUUCACAUGAUAUUUAGAGCACACAACACAAGAUCAAACGCCCCCACAAUCAUUCCUCGAUAAUUUAUCCAUAUCAAACUGGUCUUUUGACUCUAGAGCAACAGCCCGUUUCAAGAACCAAGGGGAAAAAAAAAGGGAAAAGAAAUGGUGGCAGAUGCAUUGAGUGGUGGUGGUUGCUGGAGGGCAGUGGGUGGCUUUGGCUACCAAUUGCUCACCGGUCGGUGGUUCAUGGUCUUUGCCUCUAACUUAAUCAUGGCCGUGGCCGGCGCAACGUAUAUGUUUGGCCUCUAUUCCGGGGAUAUCAAGUCAUCACUAGGCUAUGACCAAACAUCGGUGAAUUAUCUUAGCUUCUUCAAGGACUUGGGUGGCAAUGUCGGAAUCAUAUCGGGGCUUAUCAACGAAAUAACACCUCCUUGGGUGGUUCUCAUCAUUGGUGCCGCCAUGAACUUCGCUGGUUACUUCAUGAUAUGGCUUGCAGUAACAGGACAUGUCGCCAAACCCCCCUUGUGGCAGAUGUGCUUGUAUAUUUGUGUCGGUGCGAGUUCUCAGACAUUUGCCAAUACUGGUGCGCUGGUUACUUGCGUUAAGAACUUCCCGGAGAGUCGAGGUGUAGUUCUAGGCCUCCUGAAGGGCUUUGUAGGCCUCAGUGGUGCGAUAAUCACGCAGCUCUACCAUGCCUUGUACGGACACAACUCCAAGUCUCUUAUUUUGCUCAUUGGAUGGCUUCCAGCAGCUGUCUCCUUCAUUUUUCUCCGGACAAUUCGCAUCAUGAAGGUCGUUCGACACGAAAAUGAACUGAAGAUAUUCUACAACCUUCUCUACUUAUCACUUGGCCUCGCUGGUUUUCUUAUGAUCCUAAUCAUCCUACAGAACAGGCUCGUCUUUACUGCAGGUGAGUAUGCAGGAAGUGCUUCAGUUGUGCUUCUUUUACUCUUUGCACCCCUACUGAUUGUUAUCAAAGAAGAACUCAAUCUUUGGAAGAGCAAGAGGCAAGUCUUGCAUGAUUCUUCUCAAUUGAAUGUGGCAACUGAAAAUCCACCUCCAGUACUCCAACUAUCGCUUCAGGUGGGACAACAAGAAGAGACACCACCAGCACCAGGUGAUCCCUGUGCUCCACAGAACCCGGAGAAACAAGUUUCAUGCUGGAGCAGCGCAUUCAAGCCACCAGACAGAGGUGAGGACUAUACUAUACUGCAGGCACUUUUUAGCGUGGACAUGAUCAUCCUAUUCACAGCCACAACAUUCGGGAUCGGUGGGACCUUGACGGCAAUUGAUAAUCUGGGUCAAAUUGGCAAGGCAUUAGGCUAUCCUACAAAGAGCAUUUCGACCUUUAUUUCACUGGUGAGCAUUUGGAAUUAUCUCGGACGUGUGACCUCCGGUUUUGCUUCUGAAAUUCUGCUGGCCAAGUACAAAUUUCCUCGACCUCUAAUGCUAACCAUGGUGCUUCUUCUCUCUUGUGCCGGCCAUCUUCUCAUCGCUUUUGGGGUCCCAAAUUCCCUGUACGUAGCCUCAGUGAUUAUGGGUUUCUCCUUUGGAGCACAAUGGCCACUAAUUUUUGCCAUCAUAUCAGAGCUAUUUGGUCUAAAGUAUUACUCGACGUUAUACAAUCUUGGUGCUGGAGCUAGUCCUGUUGGUGCUUAUAUACUUAAUGUUAGAGUAGCAGGUCAUCUCUAUGACAAGGAAGCAUUGAAACAAAUGGCAGCGAAGGGACUCAUCAGGAAAGCAGGGGAAGAUCUAACUUGCAAUGGCGUUAUGUGUUACAAACUAGCCUUUCUAAUAAUUACUGCGGCAACCAUGUGCGGGUGUGCUAUUUCGUUUAUUUUAGUCUUCAGAACUAGAAACUUUUACAAGGGAGAUAUCUACAAGAAGUUCAGGGAGCAAAGUAGCAAACCAAAGUAGUAGACCCUGGUACGCUGGGAUGACCAAGGUAAGAACAGUACCACCGCCACGGCCUCCGCCUCCUUCAGCUGGAUACGUCAAAUACCAUGCUUGAUCCGGAUAGUUACAGAGAAUUAGGAACUGAAUGUAAAGUUCGUAUUCGCCUACGUCCAGGAAUUGAAGAAUAAAUUGUUACAGUAUUUGGACACCUAAAUCCUAAUGGCAUAUCCUCAAUGUUCAAGAUUCAACA